UGGGCGUCCGCUGCGUGUCUCGCGGACUCAGACCGCUGCGACCUGGCGCCGGCGCGCGCGGACCCACGAAGCCAGCGGGCGAGGGAGCUGAGGGCGCGCGGCCGCUCGCGGACCCACCGGGCGAGGGAGCUGAGGGCGCGCGCGGCCGCUCGCGGACCCACCGGGCGAGGGAGCUGAGGGCGCGCGCGGCCGCUCGCGGACCGACCGGCCGAGGGAGCUGAGGGCGCGCGCGGCCGCUCGCGGACCGACCGAGCGGGCGGAGCGAGGGAGCUGUGGGCGCGCGGCCGCUGGCGGCGGGACAACAACAGGCGAGUGAACGGACGCUGGGCAAACGGUGUGGCCGUCGGCUCCACUUGGCGCCCGGGGCCCCGCAAGCACAAGCGGGAAGGGGGUUGAAGGAAAAAAAGAGGGAGGGAGACCCGCUCGCAACUUUUCGAAUUAAUCUGACGCUCGGAGAAGCGAAAGAAAAGGGGAAUCGCGGGAAGCGGAAAAAAAGCCUCCCCCCCCCACCCCGAAUCGGAUCGGCGCCACAUAUACACACACACACACACACAAUGUCCGGCGAAAGGAACAGGCGCUCGCUGGCUUUCCGAACCGGGGGAGCGGGAGCGGCGGCCGUCGCCGCCGCCAACGCAGUGAAGAUCGAACCCGAUCUCGACACCCACAACAACACAGAGGCCUCCAAUGGGGCCUUGGCCCGGAGUAGUCCGAGUAAGCCGGCUGCUCUCCUUGCGGUGGACGGCGGAGACGGAGCCAAGGUGGAGGCCGCUCAGGAUCAGGAGGAGGACUGGGUGGAGACGGUGGUGGUGGACGAUGUGUACCCGGAGCAAGAAGAAGUAUCGGUGCGAGUGGUGGACGGCGGCUCCAUUAGCAGCAACGAAUCGGAGGAGGAUGCGGCGGCGGCGGCGUCGACCACGGUCGAGGAGGAGACGAACGGACCCAGGAGCGAAGAGCGGGCCGUGACCCCCGGGGAUGGAGCCGUAGUCAGAGUCGGACGAGAAGAGGAGGAGGAGGAGGAGGAGGAUGAAGAAACAAGCGGUUGCAGCCGGCGAGGAGCCGGCUUAACCCUGUUGGGGAGGCCCCAGUCCUUCUUGCUACCGCAGCAGCGCACUUUCCAGAGGUCGUGGCUGCAGGAGUUCCCGUGGCUUCAGUACGAGCAGGAGACAGGCCUCAUGUAUUGCUCCUGGUGCCUUCGGGCAAACAGCGGCGUGGGGAGCAGUAAUAACCGCAACAAGUUCGUGAAAGGCAGCCGCAAUUACAGGAGGACCACGUUACUGCGGCACCACCUCUACGCCGAGCACCGGGAAAACGACCCGGCGGCGGUGGCUGCAGUUGCCUGCAUGGAGGAGUCUGCAAUUACAUCUAGAUCAACAGAUGGGUUGUACAGUGAAUACAAAAGUGAUCGAAAUGAAAUUUCCUAUUGCUAUCAACUGCUUCAAGAAUUGAAUGAACAGCGGCAGCAAGGAAUUCUGUGUGAUGUCAACAUUGUGGUGAAGGGUCAGGUUUUCAAAGCCCAUAAGAACAUAUUAGUUGCAGGUAGCCGUUACUUUAAGACACUCUAUUGCUAUACUCCGAAUGAGAGUUGUGACCAAGUUACAGUAACUCACCUCGAUGUUGUUGCUGUACAAGGUUUCACAGUCAUUCUUGAUUUCAUGUACUCUGGUCAUUUGGUUUUAACCAGCCAAAAUGUCAUUGAAGUUAUGUCUGUAGCAAGCUAUCUGCAAAUGACUGACAUUGUUCAGGCUUGCCGUGGUUUUAUUAAGGAAGCCCUAAACAUCAGUACAAAAUCUAAUGCAGCAGAUAAAAUAAUAGUGCAGUAUGAGAAAGUAAAAACAUCCAACCCCUCCCAUCGAGACAAUACAGUAGCUAUGUUAAAACACGAGCCUAGCAGUCCUUGGGUGGUCAAAUCUACAAGUACAGUGAAUAAUUGUGCCACAGGAGGCCUGCAUGAAGAAAGACCAAAGUAUGAAAUGGAGGGCUAUGGUUUAGAUGUGGGUUCAGUAAUGCACCAGGAUGACAGCUACCAGCUUAAUGAUGCAACCUGGAGUCAAGAAAAUUUUGCAGAUUAUAGUGGAAAAGAUCUGCAGAUGGGGCUACCUCAAGAUCAAAGUCCUGCUUUUUCUUGGGGAAGUUUGGGAAAAUUAAUGUUGCAACAAGCAGUACCACGAAGUGGACGAAGGAAAAACCACAUUACCAGGAGAAUCGUAUACAAUGUUGCACCAAAAGUUGAAGAUGGAGCUGGAGAAAACUUAAUGAUGCAACCUCCCAUGGCAUUCUCCGAGGAUGGAUUACAGGAAAUUCCUGUUGACCCCUUCUCAGCUGGAACCUCGGAUCAAUUCAGAUUUGGACUGUUACAAGAAGCGCAAAAUAGAGAAACAUGGCUAAAUGGUGAUGCUUCAAUUGGUAGCCAGAAUAAAUUCAAAUGUCCACAUUGUAAUUACAUUGCCAAGUAUCGACGCACAUUGAAGAGGCAUCAGCUAAUACAUACUGGUGUGCGGUCCUUUGCUUGUGACAUCUGUGGAAAGUUGUUCACCCGAAGAGAACAUGUUAAGAGACAUUCCUUGGUACAUAAGAAGGAUAAAAAGUACAAAUGUAUGGUUUGCAAAAAGUUCUUCACUCUAGCAGCCAGUGUUGGAAUUAGGCACGGAUCUCGAAGAUAUGGCGUAUGUUUGGAUUGUUCUGGAGGUGAUAGACAGCCAAAAGGUGACCAUGAUGGUAUGGACCUGAUGGUUGAUCCAGAAUUUUUUAAGGAGCAGCAAGAAGAACAGGAUGAGCCAGGUGGAUUGGAGCAGGAAGAAAAUGAGAGAAUGGUUGGUGAAGACAUACCAGAUGAAGAAGGAGCAGGGGAUAUCGAUAGAGAGCAAUGGGAAGAUGCUGGGGCUAGUGAGACAUAUGUCAUUUUAGACAAUGACUAGCUGGUACUUAAGCCCUUAUGUUAUAAAACUGGGAAGUGUAAUUAUGUUUGUUCACUGUAUUGGCAAACCCUAUGAAUUUUAUUUGAAUUGCAAUGAUUAUGGAUUGGCAAAAAACACUAAAUUUUUCAUAUUUUGCUGGUAGCUGUAACUAUUGGAUAAUUGAUAUUUUAAUGAUUGUAGUUGGUGGUUUCACCACAGUAAUGAUGGAAGCGUCUUGGAGUCAGUGAUGGGCAAUUCCUUAUAACAACUGAAACUGAUAUUACCAUGUUCUUUUCCCACAAAUCUAUCUAAACAAAAAAGUAUUAGGCAAAAAUGUAGUUGUGUGUGACCUGAAGUGUCAAGAUCAUGCAGAGACUGUCUCACUGAUUGGUAUACAAAAGAAAAUAACACAGAAUCUCUUGUAAUAGGAGAAAGUUGUCAGACUCAAACAAAGCUAUCAUUUCUGCAAUGGUGAACCCCUGGGUUUACCUAUCUUUUUAGUGUAUUGCUUCUUUCAAAACAAAACAUCCACUUGUUCCUUGAAACCAUAUGUGUUGUUUACUUCACUAGCUUCCUGUUGUUUACUUCACUAGCUUCCUGAUGAUUAAUCCACAAUUAGCAUUACAUUUUAGGUGAAGCAGUUCUGCAAACUAUUUUGUUAAUUCCUCUCAUUCUUAAAUUGUCCCUUGUAUUCCUUCGCCUCAGUGUUUGCCUGAAUUAGUUGAUUGGGUUUAGUCUUGACAAUGCCAUCUUGGGCCGUCUUAAACUCGCUUUUUUAUCCAAAGAAAAUUAUUUGUAUUUCUUUAGCCUUUCUUUAUAACUCAACUCCCUGCACUCAGGAUCUUUGUUCACCUUUCAAUUUUCUUGGAAGCAGUAUUUUUCUUUCCAUGAAAGGCAAGCAAGACUAGACAAUAUUGCAAUUGGAGUCUGACCAUCCCCAGCUGAAACUGUAAUAGUGGAAUAGAUAGGGUUUGACAUUUCUGAAGGAUUGGGUCUGGAAUUUGACAUCUGGAGUAUCUGUUUAUUCUUUGCAUUUUCAAGGCUCAACCUUGCAGGCAAGAAAGCCCACUUAAUGAUUAUAUUAUGUAGGUGCUAGUAGCUUUUAACUUUCAAAGUAUUUGUGUGUCACUUAAAAUGAACAAAGUCAGCACGCAAUCUUACUGCAUUCCAUGAAGAAGUAAUCUACGAAAUGGCAUCUUCAGUAAGUGCUGAUUGUGGCAUUUAAACAAAAGAAAUUCACUGUACAGCAUCAUUAACGAAGACCAUGCUUUAUACAAUCUUAUUUCUGUGAACUGAGAGGAAACAGUUGGAUGUGUGCAUUUAAGCUGAUAACUUACUUGUUCUGAAACAGACUAAGUCUGUGUCUUACAGAAUAAAUUAGUCACCAGUGUAACUGAAUUCUGAUUAACUGAAAAGCAAUGAAUAGUAUUUUCUCCCUUUUACAGGAGAAAAAGUAAUGUUUGGGUAUGACGUAUACAAAAGCUUGCGUGCUACUUGAUGAACUAUUUAGUAUACAAGUUACAUGCUCCUCCCCCAGCAUUCUUGAUCCUGAAUUUCUUUAUGCACUACAUUAUGAAUUGCCACUACACACCAGUAGUUUUGCAAAGGAAAACACUUCAACUUUGGUCUGUCAGUUUACCUGCUAUUGAGUAUGGCCUUUGUUUUACAUUAUUGAGUAAGGCUGCCAAUAUUUUUGUUAGCAGCGUUCUUCAGUUGGCCAUUUUGUUUAAAGCUGAUCCAUUGUGGAAAGAGAAAUUGCUAGGAUGGAGAAUAGGAGGAUUGUUUGAUCUAACUGGGCAAUUUGCAAAUGAUCCACUUCCAAGUAAAUUAAUAUUAAGGCAUCAUUAUGAAAUAACUGACAAUUUCUUGAAUUAAACCUAAAUUAUUCAAUGUAGUGUUACAGUGAAGCUGCUUCAAAAACAUGACCUGCUUAAGUAAAAAACAAAAUUCUGUAAGUGUUCAGUAGGUCAGGCAGCAUCUUUUGAGAGAACAGCAUGAGUUACUGUUUCAAGUUGAGCUUUCAUGAGAACUGCUGAAUUUGUGUGUAGUUAAGAGAAUUUGAGGCUGUUACUUCAAUCCAGACAUUUUGAAGGAUGGGCAGAAUAGAAAUUAAAAACAUUAAAUCCUUUGUAAAGGCCAAGUUGCUUUAUUUUUGCCCAGUGCAAGUAAUCUAGCCAAAUCUACAACAAUGCUUUUGAAUACUCCCAUAGCUAAUGACAAUGAUUCAGUUGAGCUCAGACAUUUACUUUUAUUAAGUCUUUAAAACUAUUAAGCUAAGUUAUAUCAGUAAACUUUUUCCCCAGUUUUGUAGUUGAGAAUAUUCUUGAUUUCUUCUUGAUAAUUUGGGAAGGUGCUUCUGUGUUUUGGAGUAGGAAUUGAUUUCAGAAGCCUGGGUUUUCUGUACUGAGAAAUCAUGUACCCUUAUUGGACUGGAACACUGAAACUGAAAUACAAGUAGAAUUAUUAGUGAAAAGAGAACUGUUAGAAACAGAAGCAAUUAGAGACGGUAUUGUUAGUUGACAUUUAAUGUUAUUGUAAAUGAGCACAUCAAACAAGAAUGACGUGUUUAAAAGACGAUUGUAUUUUUUCAGCACAUGACUGUAUCAAGUUCAGUUUCACUUUUCACACCUCAAAUUUCCAAACUGCAUUGGAUGAGUAACUUUUAUCAAAUAAAGCAACAACAAUUUAAUUGUGCAGCACUGGAGGAAAUGAAAUAAGGACUGGUAGUCUAAGGGGAAAUUGUGUUCCAUAAAAUUCCCUUCACUGUGUUUUGUGUUAUGCAAUGCAGUGUCCUCAGCAUUUCAGCUUAAUUUUCUAGGCUUUAACUGUCCUAAUCUGACGAUCCUGCAGUAGCGUAAAACUGGCAUCUUGAGUAUAUGUGUAAUUUGUUUAUGUGAAGAGCAUCAAAGGUGAUCCUGCCAUUACUCAAAGACCUCUACAGACUUUUUCCUCAAGCUAGUGUUGCUGGAAUUGAUUAGUAACGGGAAUGUUGGCUGAUUCUGUCCUGAAUGAGAUCAUCCAAUUCAGCACAAAUUAAGCCAGAGGCCCUUGAUCUGUGUACCUACAAUGCAUUGCCAUAUGAAAUGCAAUAUUUCUUCACUUAGCUAUUGGACUGUACUGUGCUUUAAAACUGAGAGGUGAUUUUGUGUAUGAACUUAUUCUGUAAGUUCUGCAUAUAGACAUGAAGAAGUUGAUUUAAAAUGGGCUUGCUGAACUUUUUGAUUAACAGUGCAGAAUGGCUCAUUACACCUUUUACAUCGUUAUGUCUCUAAUGGCUCUCUGAAAGAGGUUUAGCUCAAUACUAUUCUGCUCAUACCCUAUUUUCAGAUACUUAUCUUUUUCAAAAAGCUUUUUUUCUGCUUCCAUGCCAGUUUCUGAUUGGUAAUCCAUAUUGGUUUUGUCACUGAUGUCACGAUUUAACCAUAUCUAUCUAACUAGAAAUUCUCAAGCCAAAUAAGAAGUAACUUGACAGUUAUAAGUUCAUAUUUAUGUCUUUUUAAUAUUUUAGAAUUUUGAAGAAUGUGUUACCUUUUUAAUACUAGAAGCAGUCUUAUGGAAAGUUAAGAUCAAAAUAAUUUAGGAAUUGUAUAAAGUUAAUCCUUUAUACAGUCUUUACUAUUUAUACUAUUACAGGUUGGUAUUAAUGCACUUUACCAUGUUUGGAAACAGGACACAGUGAUGUCACUGCAUUGACAAUUGUGCAUGUUAGAGUAAACUUUUGCCUUGGCUCCGAUAAAACUAUAGAUAUUGCCUUGUAAGAGUUUGAGGCCACUUAAUGUUGUUUCUGCACUCUCUACUAAUUUAUGCAGUUUCUUUUACAGCCCUUUUUCCCUUGAGAAUAUAGUGCUGACUCUCAGAUCAUUCUAGCCCUAUUUUUAUUUGCAGUCCAAUAAUAAUUGCUUUUAUUUAUUUCUGAGACUUUUUAAUGUUCCCCCCAUUUAGGUUUCCACCUACUAUCUGCUAACUGGCAUUCAGCCAUUUAUCUUCCUCUUUGUUCUCUACUAAUGCUGUAAGUAGACCAUGGUUUGGUGUGCUUCCAUGUUAUUUAAGCCCCUGCACCCCAGCCAGAAAGUUUUAGAGUUGCAAGCAUCACUUUGUGAAAUCAAUAAUGCACUAAUGUUGGUACAGAAGGGAAUUAGUAGUCUUUAUAAUCUGUUUUUUCUUUAUUCGACCCUUCCCUGUUGAAAUAAUAGUUUCAUUAUGAGACAUCAUUGUACAAUACUGGAAAGAGUAUCUUAGUUUUUGAAGGUGUUGGUGUAUAUUGGAAUGGUCUACGCUAAAAACGGAUAAUUUUGUAAAGCAAAUUAUUUUACAGUUGUAAAGACUAGUGCCACUGUAAUUCAGGCCACAGCUAGUAAGAUAAUAAUUUUCUGUUCCAAAAGAUGGACCAUGAUCCAUUUUCCUCAGCUUUAGAUCUCAGUAACCAUAAUUACCAAAGAUAUAUGACAAAAUACAAUAUUAUGGUUAUUUAAGAGAAUGUGAGAUAAUUAUACAGAAAUGCAAAUUGUAAAAUUCUGAGUGGUUUCUUGUAGUUUCUUCUAGUUUUAUCAUUUCAGUUUAUUAAAACAAUUUUAUUCUUUUAAAGGGCAAUAAGAAUUGUUUUGAAGUAUUCCACAUGGAGUAAAUAUUUAAAUAUAACAGUUAAGAUAUUAAUUGCAUUUAUAUCAAGGAUUCUGUCUUUAGCUGUAAUUUUCCAUUUGACGUUGACAAUUGUUUAAAUUGGAUAUAGCAAACCAAUUAAUUAGAUUAAACCUUUUUCAGUUUUUUGACAAACUUGAAGGAUUUAGGGCUGAGCAAGGUUUAGGAAUGUCAGAAAGCCAAGAAUUGUGCCCUGUGAGGAUUUGCCCGCCACUGAUUAUUAUGAAACAUAGCAUUCUAUUGUUUAAGGCAGUUGUGUGUCUAAUCCAUAAACAAAGUUUAUAUUGUAUAUGUGAUCAGCAAGUCUGACAAUUUGUAACACUGCAGUUAUGUUAAUUAUCCAUGAGACAAGAUUAAUAAGCUGUGCUUUUGGAAAGUAAUUUUUGCAGACCUUUAAACAUAGUACAUUUUAGUCCCAUUCUUGUUUCCUAUCAGUUAUUUAUUUAGUAUAAUGGAUUUAUUUCCACUGUAUAGACUGCUGUGUGUAAUAAAUAUCUGUAGUUAAUAGUGGCAGCAUAAAGCAGCUGAUUUAUUUAUAUGGGGGAGGGAGAAGAAAGGGAGGAUUUCAGGACUAGAAAAAUGAGGUGAUUGAAUCUUCACAUGCAAGCUUGACAGAAUCCAAGUUGUAGAAAGUCAAUUGUCCUUGUUAUAAAUCUAUAUGAAUUUAGUUAUGAUAAUCAUAAUUGGCCAUGGAAUUUACCUCAAAUUUAGGAGUCAUGACUUUCAGAUGACAAGUGGGUUGAUCUGUUCAGCAGAACAUUGAUGAUGGGAUUAUUACAUGAUUCACUCAGUGUGCAGACCAAACGUGCUGUUCUGCAAUAAUGGAGCUUUUUGUACCAAAAGAGGAGGGGAAAAAUUGUGUAAGGGCACCGAUUAUAUUGAUAUUAAGUUAUAGUAAAUGAUAUUAAGUCACAUAAGAAUUGACUUGGGAGCCAUUUCAGUAAGGUUAAAUUAGGAUGAGCUUCUGGAUAGUGCAUCGCAUUCAGCUGAUGCAGCAUAACACAAGUUCAAAUUUUUUUUAAUACUUUAUACAAAUAAUAUAUAUACACUGCAGCAACUAUAUAUUUUCCUAUUAGUGUGAUUGCAGCUCAGUUUAAGAAAAACAUUCAUUCUUGAGAGAUUAAUGGUCCUCAAACAUUUGUGUUUUGUUUUGAAGUUGCUUAAUAGUUAAGGGCAGAGGAUUUUCUUUGCAAAAGUGAUUUACAAAUGAAUUUGGGAUCAAAAGCCCAAUAGUCAAUGUUCAGAUUUUUGUUGGGUUGAAGCUAAAAUAAUCCACUGAUUUAACUAUAUUCUCACUUCCUGGCAACAGUAAAUGGCAUGAAAAGUUUAAGGAGAAAAGGGGUAAAAUCAUUCAAACGUUUAGCCAGCAAGAAGGAAAAUUGUGAUAUUAAGUGACUGGGAGACCCAGCUGUGCUUCAGAUAAAAUAAAAAUAGCAUUGUACCACUACCUUUGCAACAAACACUAUAGGUUUCAUUGCACACUGGUUAAGAGCAGUGAUCCAGAAGAUGAAUUUUUCAACUCUCUAUAGAGAUCAACAGGAAAUAAAACCAUAGAGAGCCUGAAUUCAAAAGAAUUAUAUGCAUUAACAUCUACGUAAUUGCCUGAUGGAGGUUUUAAUCUUGCUGUAUUGCUAUCGUACCUGAGGAUUGUUAUUCUGUAAACACUGACUGAGAAACUAUGCAUGUUAAUUUUCAAAACCCAGAUCAACAAUGUAACAUUUCUUUUUCUUGUGGGUGUCAAAAUAUAUAAUGUGGCACCAUAUACACAUAUUCUUUCCUUAGUUGCUUUUUGUACCUAACUCUCUGUAGUUUUGAAGCACUGAACAGAAGAAAAACAUUGUUAUUAUGAAUGUGACACGUUACCAAGGCAGAUUCUUUAUGCUUCUCUAUGCUUGUAUGUAAAAUUAUGGGAAAACUUUUCCUUUAGAAAAUUAACAAUUUGUGUUUCUAAUUUUGGAACUUGUUAAAGAAACUCCAAGCUCUAAAUCACUUAUAUUCAAUACACUGAGGUCUGCUGAAUAUUGUUCUUGCACUAUAUUAUUUCAGUUACAGACUAAUGCAACUUCAGUAUCUUAACUUUGCAUUUUGCUCGUGAUUAAACCAAAGUCAUUUUCUCUUGAUUUUGUUGAAAAUAAGUUAAACCUCAGGAAGUAGACCAAAGUAGUGUUGUUUAAAAAAAACAGAUAAAAGAUGGGGGAAACUGGUAAAUGGAGAAACUGUCCAUUUAAGAUCAUGUUAAGGAUUCCAUGAUACUAGUCAAAUAAAAGCACGGGGUUCUAUCAGCUUCUGUGAUCAUUCCUUUUGCACCUGGUAACAUAAAAGACUGGUCAUCUCAGUGCUGUUGGUGAAAUUCAGUUAUGAACAAAUGCUGCCUAACAGUUAGUGCAUUAUUGGUAAUUCAUUAUAUGCAAGGCACUGUGACAUUUGAAAUUUAUGGUGUUGUGGGAGGUGGGGGGGGGGGGGGGAAGCAUUUUUCUUAAUCUGAUUUUCUUUAUGCAAAAUCUAAACUUAUGGCCACCAGAAGUUAUACUUCCUUGUAGCCAGAAGCACAGAGCCUUAUGCCACCAGAUGAUGGAAGAAUAUGUCUGAAUAAUUAAUGGCUGACCUCAGAUAAGAUUAAACAUUUAGUUUGAAACCUGCUUUUACUUUUGAAAUGGAAUGUUAAAAUUAAGGCCAGGAGUGUUCUGUGUAUUAAAUAAGUUGUACUAAAGCCUGGACUUUCUUUAAAAAGAUUAUUUUGAGUAAAUAAGUUAUUUCCUUUUCUCCAAACUUUCCCAUGUUUCUCCAAAGGCCUCAGGGUAACCACAAAUACAUGAAUUAUGGAUAUAAGAUAAAGGAUUCACUUUAAAUAAUGAAAAAUGGUUCUGUGUUGCACAUUCAUUUUUUUCUUAUUACUAAUUUUCUUUUAGAUUUGAUGUGAUUUAAUAUGUAAAUUUGAUAAAUGAUCAGUUUGUAGAUUGUAUGCAGUAAACUGUAAAUUCUUUUUGUAAAGACUUAACUAUUAUUGGUGACUAUUUUUGCUUGUCUAAGCUGGUGCUAUACUUGUACUAAACUCAACACAAAUGUUGAA